AUGGGCAGCGGGCGGGAGAAUAUGAGUGGCUUUCCUCGACAAGGAGGACUUCCGGGAUUAAAUCACUCGGAAGCGGAAGAAAAGGGCUGCCUGCUGUCCGCCUGGCUCUCCGGGGGAGCGGCGGCGGGUGGCGGAGGUGGAGGCGGAGGUUCCGGGGCUGUCCCAUCGCAACUGGUGGCCCGUGCGCCGCUGGACUCCGCGUCAUCUCGACCACUAUUCCCCGCGUCAGCCCGGGCGAGCCGGAGAGCGAGGGGCCGCGGGCGGGCUAGAAUGGAAGAAUCUCACUUCAACUCCUCACCGUAUUUCUGGCCAGCAGUGCCCACAGUCUCGGGACAGAUUGACAACAGCAUGUUCAUUAACAAGAUGAAGGAGCAGUUGUUGCCCUCAGAAAAGAGCUGUGGUCUGGCUCCUCCACACUAUCCUACUUUACUGACUGUACCCACUUCUGUGGCUCUUCCCACCAACAUUUCUAUGGAUUCUGACACCAAGCCAGAACAUCUUACCCCAGUCAGCCAGACGUCAGUAACACAGAACAUCACAGUGGUACCAGUGCAGUCUACUGGGCUCAUGACAACAGGACCUGGUCUGGUGAUAACUUCUCCCUCUGGAUCUCUGAUGACCACAGCGUCUUCUGUGCAAACCUUUCCCAUUUCUGCACCCAUGAUUGUCUCAGCUCUUCCUCCUGGUUCCCAGGCAGCUCUCCAAGUAGUACCUGACCUUUCUAAGAAGGGCAUCCUUGCAGAGGGUGGGGCAGUGAGUGCUGCUGGCAGUAUCAUCCCUAAGGCUCCCAGGGGAAGAAAAAAGAAGCGGCUGCAGGAAACUGGCCUGCCGGAGAUGAGUGAUCCUUUUGUGCUACCCCAUGAAGAUGAAGAAGACCAGCACAAGGAUGGCAAGACAUACAGGUGCCGGAUGUGUUCCCUGACAUUUUACUCCAAGUCAGAAAUGCAGAUCCACUCCAAGUCCCACACCGAGGCAAAGCCACACAAGUGCCCUCACUGCUCCAAGAGUUUUGCGAACAGCUCCUACCUGGCCCAACAUAUACGCAUCCAUUCAGGAGCUAAGCCCUACACCUGCAGCUACUGCCAGAAAGCCUUCCGCCAACUCUCACAUCUACAGCAGCACACACGGAUCCACUCCAAGCUCCACACGGCGGUUGUCAAGCCACACAAGUGCCCUCACUGCUCCAAGAGCUUCGCCAACACGUCCUACCUGGCCCAGCACCUCCGCAUCCAUUCGGGGGUCAAACCCUACACGUGCCGUUACUGCCAGAAGGCGUUCCGCCAGCUCUCCCACCUACAGCAGCACACACGGAUUCAUACUGGAGAUCGACCCUAUAAAUGUGCUCACCCUGGCUGUGAAAAAGCUUUCACGCAACUUUCAAAUUUGCAGUCCCACAGAAGGCAGCACAAUAAAGACAAACCCUUCAAGUGCCACAAUUGCCACCGAGCAUACACAGAUGCCACCUCGUUGGAGGUUCAUCUAGCCACUCACACAGUGAAGCAUGCCAAGAUUUACAACUGCUCCAUGUGCAAUCGGGCCUAUACCUCGGAAACAUAUUUGAUGAAACACAUGCGGAAACAUAACAUCCCCGACCCCCAGCAGCAGGUGGCUGUGGUCCAAGCCCAAGUCCAGGCUCAGUCACAAGCAUCGCAACAGCAGCAGCACUUCCAAGCACAGGGCAGUGGAGCAGCAGGGGGUCCAUCUGGAGAAAACCCGUCCCAUCCUCCCCCACAGUGUUCUUUUGACCUUACCCCUUAUAAAACUUCGGAGCACCACAAAGACAUCUGUCUCACGGUUAGCACCAGCACCAUCCAAGUGGAGCACCUUUCCAGUUCUUAGAGACCGUGUCUGAAGAAGGGAGUGGAAAACUUCUCCUGCAUCAUCUGUGCCCAAGGGCAGUUCUUUUGUGACGGCCUCUCCUCAUGCAGCAGCUUGUGACAGCUUCCCUUAGGGGGAGGGAAAUGGGGAUUCUAUCAAUUUAGAGGGCCACUCCUUGGCUUUACCAUUAGUGCCUCCAGAGGCACAACCUUCCCCUUGUAAACGGGACAGAACUCUCUUUGUGCAAGAAGAGGGCUCCUCCCUUGCAACAGGCCUCUCUUGUUCAUGAAGGGAACCCCACUUUCUCUCUCACUUGAUAAGGUAUCCAGCAGAGAUGAGAAAUGAGGGGAUACCAGUGGAUGAAAGGAGCUUCAGUAAUGACUGAUUGCAGGUGAAUGAGGGUGACUGGGAGUCUUCCAAAGAUUCUCUUGGGGUGUAGACUGGAGAACGUUCACUCGUUAUGUCGUUCCCUCACCCUCUCUUUCCUGUGAGCUGGAGGAAGGAAGAAUGGUUGCUCCUGUUCUAGGCAUCAAAUGUUGUUCGGCUUACAAAACCUUGGAGGUAAUGGGAUGUUGCCAGUGACUGAGUCUGCAUAAUCCAUUACGCUAGGGGGGAGGGGGG